UUUGAAUAUUCGAUUUCAGAAGCACAACUGACAAGUAUUGUAAGAAAUGUGAGCAGUACGCCGACUAUCUUUUUCGCUUAUCCCAAAUUGUUGGAGGGAACGCAAGUAGUAUUAGAUUGGGCCUAGUGACUCUCCACACUUCAAUUUUACCCUAUCCUGGUACCCCAUAUCUAGUAUAAGUCUUAUGCAUCUUGGCUGAAUCUAAUUUCUGGUCCUUUUCCAAGCUGGCUUCAACCUCUGUCUUUUUCUUUUAUUAUCCUGCUUCAUUAAUUAUAGUCUAUUUUAUGAAACUUGAUGUUGCUCUAGAACAUAUAAUACAGUAAACAUGACUUUCCCGUCAGCUUGGCAGAAGUGUAAAGACUUCAUUUCACCCGCGAAACAAUCAAUUCGAGCCGCAGCUAUAUCUCAAACUUCCCAUCCUGAACCAAAAAACGCCGCUGGGCGACCUUCAUCAAAUGACAAGAGAGAGCCAAUCUUAAUCACAACUAAAGAUGUCAUCUCUAAACCGAGAAGGAACAUAUUGGACAUCGUCACGAAAGCUGCUGGUUCAAACUGGGUUUUUGUAGCAAUGAUGGCUAUCAUGCUUGCUUGGGUCAUAUUUGGUUUCGUUGAUGGCACGACCGAUACCUGGCAAAUCGUCAUGCAAAAUGCAUCUUCCAUUCAAGUCUACUUGACGGGUAUCCUGCUCCUUAGACAGGCUUCCAACGCCUCGAAUUCUCUUCUAACCACUCUCGCUGAACUCCAGUCCCGUAAUCAGACUUCUGAGCGCCUUCUCCGUCAAUUAUCUAGCUGCCAGUCGAUGGAAACCCACAAGAGCCCGGCUCAGAAAUUACUCAAAGAUGAUAAACCUAUUGAAUCCAACGCCGAUGAUAUUCUAUUUACAAGUAGCGGUGGAGAUAUAUCAAAAGCACGCUAUUUGUGGAACAUCACUUGCAAAACUGUUGCUAGAGGCCUUGGUUCCAUCUGGGCAUAUAUCCUCUACUGGAUCGGUAUAUUCUUUUGGGUUGGCAUUGGCCCUCUGUUCCAAUUCAGCGAUACUUGGCAGUUACAUGUCAAUACAGCUACUGCAGUUGCCUUGACCUUUGCUUCCAUCUUCUUGCAAAAUAUACAACAGCAGCAAGAGGAUAAUCUUGAGCAAUCCCUUGAGUAUGCUCUAAGAGUCGAUUCCGAGGUUGAGUGGCGAUUGGGAGCAAUUACAAAUGAUUACCGACCUAACCCAGUAUUCGAGAUCCCUGCUCCUACCAUCAACCGGAUUGAAAGAUCUAUCGACAUUUUUGCAGAUGUUAUGGGCUCGGGCGUGGGGCUAUUGAUCACUUUGAUCGUAACGAUUGUCUGGAUAGCUGUCGGUCCUAUCCUCGAGUUUAACGAUAACUGGUGGUUAAUCAUCGGUACCUUUACCGGCCUUGUGGGUUUUAUCGACGGUUUUGUACUUCGGAAUGUUUAUUAUCGGGACGAGAAAGUCGCAGAAGCACAAUUCGAGAAGAUUGCCGAAAGUGAUGAUCGAUUAUUAGAUUUACUCAAUGUCCCGUCUCCACACCAAACCCCUACCAAGCCAAGAAACUUUAGCACAAGAGCAUUUGCCGCAGCAGGAGAGUUCUGCGCAUUAUCGGGUGUGAGCGUCGCAUCUGUCGAUGUUGUGUUUGCAUUACUUGCCAUUGCGUCUAUAAUGAAAUGGUCUGAGACUGGUCAACUUCUAUGCAAUAUACCAACUAUGAUCAUUGAAGGAUUUCUCCUUCUCAUCCUCAUUCAAGCUCAUAACAUCGCCAACGCCGCCCGUGGAGCAGACUUCCAAUCUCUCCUCAACCAUCGUCUCCUCCUAAACCACUACGUCUGCGAGCUUUCUGAAAACUCGAAUCGUUCUAGCUCUCCACACCCCCAAAACCCUGAUGAAAAAUCCGUCGACAACACUGACUAUUAUCCCAUCGAUGACAAGGAUAACGAUAUAAAGACAUCCGUUUAUCAAAUUGCAAAUCGUGUAUGAGUCUCCGCCAUAGGUCAAUUUCUUAAUAUCCUUCUUUCCUAGAAUCGCCUUUGGAGUUCGGCGGAAUGAUGAUAGGAUAUGCGAUGUUUCUUCAUAUUAUAUACUACAGUUAUAUACCCCCAUACUAUCUUUAAAUCUUAUCAAAUUGUACUUUCUUUCCAUAAAUCAUUUUUAUCACCCUCUGUCUUCUCUAUGCUAAAUACAAACAAUUGAAUAUAUCAUCA